CGCCGGGGCGGGGCGGGCGCGGAUGGCGGCGGCGCGCCAUGUUGCGGUGGCUCGUCGCGGUGCUCAGUCACGCCUGUUUUGUCUCCAAGGGCGGCAGCAUGUUCUACGCGGUGCGGCGGGGCCGGCGGACGGGGGUCUACCGCACGUGGGCGGAGUGUCAGGAGCAGGUGCACAAGUUCCCCUCCGCCAGCUUCAAGAAGUUCGCCACCGAGAAGGAUGCCUGGGCCUUCGUGGGCGCCGGCCCCGCGGCGCAGCAGCCCGAGGCCGCAGAGACUCAUAAUCCUUCAACUAUAACACAGGAAAAUGCUAGCCAUAGAGAGGAUCCAGAAAUAGAUGUUUUGUGUUGUAAUAAAUGCAAGAGGCCAUAUGAACAGUCUACAGCUGAAGAACAUGAUACAAAACGUGUAAAACAUGAUGAAACGUAUUUAGCGCCAACAGUCAGCGAAGAUAAAUUUUCAUAUAUGGGUGACUUUGCAGUUGUUUAUACAGAUGGCUGCUGCUCAGGUAAUGGACGUAAUAGGGCGCGUGCUGGAAUAGGUGUCUAUUGGGGACCAGGCCACCCUUUAAAUACCAGUGAAAGACUUCUUGGACGGCAGACUAAUCAAAGAGCUGAAAUACAUGCAGCCUGCAAAGCAAUAGAGCAAGCAAAGAGUCAAAACAUCAAGAAACUAAUUAUCUACACUGAUAGCAAGUUCACUAUUAAUGGUAUUACAAGUUGGGUUGACAACUGGAAAACGAAUGGCUGGAGAACAAGUUCAGGAGGAAGUGUAAUAAAUAAAGAAGAUUUUGAAAGACUUGAUAAUCUAUCAAAAGGCAUAGAGAUUCAGUGGAUGCAUAUUCCGGGUCAUGCUGGCUUCCGAGGAAAUGAAGAAGCUGACAGACUAGCAAGAGAAGGAGCAAGUAAACAAAAAUUGUGACAUAUUGGGACUAGAGACUAUUGCAGUUGGAGGAAAAGGAUCAUAUCAACAGUUUGACCUGUUGUUUCAGAGUUGAACUUAGAACUGUAUUUCUACAUGGCCUGAAACUUUAAACAUAUAUCAACUUACAAGGAAAAAACCCACACGUUUUCCUUCUGUAGCAUUUGUUUUAUGAUCAGGUCAAUGUUUAGUUAAUGGUAUACAGCACCUGCUUUUUCUUCGUCCUACGGAAGCCCUGCUGUCAAUGUUUUUUAGCUGUCUCAUACAGACUUUUGGAUUCACUAUAUGUGAGACUUCUGAUGAGAUAAUAUUAAAUUGUUAUCCUGACUUAAGUGUUCUGUAUUUCCCUCUUAGUAAAAUAAAUUACUUUUUUUUUU